AUGGCCAUCUCACCCGCGCUCCGCAUAUCGCCCACGCGCGCCGCCCGGGCCGUCAACCUCCUCCGCACCGUGCAGUUCACGCACCCGCCAUCAUGUCCGUGCCACGCCAACCCAAGCUUCCACAACCAGACGCCCUCAACGGUGCAGCAAGCCCGCCGCCACCUCGCGACCCCGCUGCCCGUGCUCUCGCAGCAGAAGGAGUAUGCCUUCGAGAUGGCAGCCAGCAGCAUCCGCUUCGGGCCGGGCUGCACAAAGGAAGUCGGCAUGGACUUUCGCAACAUGGGCAGCAAGCGCGUCAUGGUGGUGACGGACCAGAAUGUGCGGAAGCUGGACGCCAUGCGGCAGGUGGUCGAGGGCCUGGAGCGGGAGGGCGUGCAGUAUGAGAUCUACGACAAAGUCAGGGUGGAGCCAAAGGAUAGCAGUAUCAAGGAGGCGAUUGCCUUCAGCAAGCCCUACAAGCCUGAUGCGUUUCUGGCCGUCGGGGGUGGGAGUGUGAUUGACACGGCCAAGCUGAUGAACCUGUACACUGCGUUUCCUGAAGCAGACUUCCUCGACUUUGUCAACGCGCCGCUCGGCAAGGGCCUGCCCAUCCCCUCCAAGCUCUUCCCCCUCAUCGCCGUCCCCACAACCGCAGGAACCGGCUCCGAAACAACAGGCACCGCCAUCUUCGACCUGGUCUCCAAGCGCGCAAAGACCGGCAUCGCCCAUCGCAACCUCAAGCCCACACUGGGCAUCGUCGACCCGCUAAAUACCCGCACCAUGCCGUCCGCCGUCCACGCUUCCUCAGGUCUCGACGUGCUGUGCCACUCCCUCGAAUCCUGGACCGCAAUCCCCUACUAUGAGCGCACACCCCGCCCCACAAACCCCAUUAACCGCCCCGCCUACCAGGGCGCGAAUCCCAUCUCAGACAUCUUCUCCCUGCAAGCUCUGCGCGACACGGUCAAGUACCUGCCCCGCGCUGUUCGCGACCCCGAGGACCACGAAGCCCAGUCGCAGAUGCUGCUCGCCGCCACACUGGCGGGUGUUGGUUUCGGAAACGCAGGCGUGCAUCUUUGCCACGGCAUGUCAUAUCCCAUUUCGGGCCAGAACCCGGGCUACAAGCACGCUGGCUACGACGUGCCGCACACUAUCAUCCCCCACGGUGUCAGCGUUGCAGUCACCGCCCCCGCCGUCUUCCGUUUCACAGGCGCAUCGAAUCCCGAGCGCCAUCUCGCGGCCGCAGAGGCCUUUGGCGUCGAUAUAUCCAAUGUCAAAGCCGAGAGUGCGGGAGAGGUGCUGGGUGAGGCGCUCGCGGAGUUUCUACUCAAGUUGGGCGAUCAGCCGCGUGGGCUGAAAGAUCUAGGGUUUGGGAAGGAGCAUCUGGAUGAUCUGGUCGAAGGCACGAUUCCACAGGCGCGUGUGCUUAUGUUGGCACCUAGUCUGGAGACGCAGGAGCUGGAUUUGCAGCGUGAACAACUUAGGGGGCUGUUCGAAGAAGCGCUGGACUACUGA